UCUCAUGGAGCCCCUCUGGAAGGGGCCGCCAGGGGGGAGAGGCGCCACUUCCCAUGAUGCCCUAGGACGAUGGAGUGGGGCUUGCCCCCCUCAGGGUGCCCGGGGGAGAUGGAGUGGGGAUGCUCCCCAAUACUUCUGUGUGGGCCGUUGCACUGGGGGUUGCCCACCCCCCAGGAUAGAGUGGGGCUGUCUGCUCCCCGACCCGUAAUGCGCCGGGGCUGUGGAUUGUGCAUUCCCCACAAUGCACUGGGGUGCGGAUUGGGGCGGCUUGCCCACUCCCCGCAGCCCCCACAGUGCAUCAGGGUGGUGAGCCAGGGGCUGCCUGCCCCUCAUAGAGUGCUGGGUUAAUCGAUCAGGGCUGCCUAGGCAGGAUGAACCAGAGUGGAGAGUUCACUAUGCCCCUUCUCGCCCCCACUGAUGUGCUGGGCUACCUGCAUUUCCCCAGCGUAAUGGGAUGGUGCUUUUCCUUGACAGAAUACACUGGUGGUGGUGUGCUGCUUGUGUGACCAGAGGGUCAGGAACUUCAGACGCUUUCAGAUAUGUGGAAAUGGUUAAGAGACUUAUUCCAGGGAAAGGACAUACCCCAGAACUGGUUCUGGGAUAUCUGGGGUUAAACUUGUUUGUACAAUGCAUUCCCAACAUUCUCCCUUCUAGAGUCGCUUUUCUUGACAUUUCGUUUUCCUUCACACAUGACUCUGUCCCAAUUUAAAAUAUGUCAACUAUGCUGAGAUCUGCAGGUGUCCUAUUUUGAAGUCUGGCUCCAUGACUACAUUUUGCUUCACUGUGAACUUAAUCUUUUCCUGUAUUUUACAUUGUAGAGGUGCAUAUAUAUACUGCUCUUAAUAUUAAAGCAAUAGUUGAUUAUAAACCCUUCAAACUGACCUCUUGGCAUCUUAUUACUGUUUUAGAUUUGCUUCUACUGCUCAUUUUACAAUGGUUUAUUGCUCAGCUUUGAACUGUCAAAAUGCUACGAGUGGGGUAUAUAAGAACAGUACAGUUACUUUCUAUGGCUUUCCUUUACAUAACAAACUUCUCUUGAAGCAGUGGAUUCACAACAUGGGUCGGGAAAUGGGAACUCCAUCAAAACAUCAGCGACUAUGUUCUAAACAUUUUGAGGACAGUUCUUUUGAAAUUGAUCCUCUAAAAGUUAGGAAAAACCGGCGCCUACUGAAAGAAGCAGUUCCCAAAAAAUUCAUUUUGGGUGAAGAUGGAAACUGGCUUGUUGGAACACCUCAAAGUUUCUGUGGUGGAAUAAGUAAUAAAACUCGAAAACGAAUCCGGAAUCCUGAACAUUUGAAGGUCCCAGGGACAUUUGAUAAUGUUGCAGCUCCUGAAAGGAAGAAUUUAGAAGAGUGGCAAAAGGAGCUUUACAAAAAAGUGAUAAAAGACAAUUAUGAAUCUUUAAUCUCACUGGGUGAAGUCUCCAAACACGAUAUUCAGUCACGAGAAGAGCUACGUGUUAAGGCUCAGCGGGGCUUGGAUGAAAGAGAAAUGUCUAUGAGUCCCAGCAUAGUGGAUGAUGGGAUUGUGAUCAAAACUGAAGUGCAGGAUAAUGAGGAAGCUCCAGAAAAUAUGGAACUGCAUGGAUCGUUUUCAGGAAGAUCAGAAGACCUGGUUUUCCAAACUCCUGACAAGGGAAUAACUUGUGAGAGUCAUUGGAGCACAGAAACAGAGCUGAGUAAUCUUACUGGAAGCAGAACGGGUAACUCUACUCUUGGGAAAGGAGAUUCCAAUAAAUUCAAAGGUAUCCUUUUCUACCAGAGACUAUACCUAUGUACAGAAUGUAAGAAAACCUUUAAGUUGAAGAUAGGUCUUUUAAAACACAAGCGAAUUCAUGUAAAAAAGAGUCCGGUAUCAUCAUACAUAUGUACAGACUGUGGAAAAAGCUUUGGUCGCCAUGCAGAUCUUAUUAGACACCAGAGAACUCACACAGGCGAGAGACCCUAUAAAUGUACAGAAUGCGAGAAAAGCUUUACUGAGAAACCAAGACUUACUAAUCACUUACGAACUCACAACAUCUGCCUGUAACCACUGUGGCAAAGGCUUUAUGGGAACUGAUUUUCCACUCAGUCAUCGACAAAUCCAUCAGAGAAUGUGGACCAUACACAUGCACUAACUGUAGGAAAAGCUUUUGUGUAAGAAGACAUGUUAUAACAUUGAAAUGAACUCAAGCAUGAGACGGACCUGUCAUUGUAGCUCAUCUGUUUAAGCCUUGAGAAGCAACUGAAUUUAUUAGCUAUCAAAAUGAUUCAUGCAAGGGGGGAGAACAGACAUAUAAAAGUGUAUUGACUAUACCAAAAAUGUCAUUAAAAAACAUUUUCUAAAAUACCAACUAUAACCUAUAUACUAGAGAGAGACUGUAUCAUUGCAGAAAAUGUGGGAGAAGUUUGAGAUGAGGAACACAUCACCAGAGAAUUUAUGGAACAGAGCAAGAUAAUUUUAGAUAAAAAUUAGAGCUUCACAGAGCCUUAGAUCAGUUUAAGAGAUUGGGCUUCUUGAUGUUAAAAAUAGGAAAUAAAUGGUAAAGUCCAUUAAGUGCAGUCAAAUGACAGUGGUGCCAGCAGUGAAAGAACCAAGGCAUGUUAGUAGGCCAAAGACAAAAUGUAGUUCAAACUUGCACAAUUUAGAGUAAUUUACAGCACAUGAGAUGCAGGCUUCAUUUUUGAGCUCCUGGAAGAGAAAUCAGAAACGGAUAAUGUUCUCCUUUCUGUCACUUCUGUGCAACAUGAAUGAUGGGAGGCAAAAUUUAUGUGGUGGUAUUAUUCUCUCUAAACCAAAAGCAGCACUGGCUCCAAUUUCAGAGAAAGCGUCAACAGAUGGAGAAGGGGGGAAAAAAACAGUGGAGUCAUCUGCUUAAAAACAUAAUCAAACACAGGUCAGAAAAUCUUACCAGACCUGUGCAUCUUGUUAAACGCCUUGCUUAAAGGUGGCCUGCAAAGAAUUAAAAAACACCUGUUUUUGUGCCUUUUUUGUUUUAAAACCUUAUGAUGUGGACUUCCUUGCCGGGGGGCCGGAGCAGGGAACGGGGUGUUAAAAUAAAUCCUCCAGAUUCUGUAGGGUGUUGAUUUUACCAUUGUCCAAUUGUGCCUACAUAUGAGCAGUUAGGGAGAACUAAAGAGAGGGGAAAAGAGUAAAAUUUUGUAUUGUAUGAUCAACUGUUACAGUGAAGAGUGCUACAUUGUAGUGUACAUAAUAAUAUUUGUUUUCGGUGAGUGAUGCCUGAUAACUAGAGUAGCGAGAUGCCUGGUUUUCGACUAGAAAAUCCAGUCAAAAGGGGACCUGACAGUGUCUGGUCUGAUCUACGGACCGGACAACCAAAGUCCCGUCACUGAGGGCGGGGAGGUGUCUGGUCACUAAUCUGUGCCAGCUCCUACUCAGCUGGGGCCUCCUCCUACCUCCGUUGGGCAGCUGCAGCUCCCAGCCCUGGCUUUGCAGGCGUGUCCCUCCUGACCAGGGCAGAGGGGCAGAAAGGGGAAAAGCAGCAAGUGACUGGGGAGGAGGGAAGAGAAGCGAA